AUGGGAACGCCUCGGUCAGCCAUAUUGUGCUUUGCAGUGAGGUUGGGGUGGUGGAAGAUAUCAAAAAUAAAGCAAAAAGAAAUUCUACAGAGGAGGCUUGCGCGGGGGGCGGGGAAAGAAUUCUGAUUUUAUUUUCAAAAAACAGAAAAGGCAAGGCAGGGCGGAAAAAAUAAAUAACAGACCCUAGGACGACUCAAGAGGAAGGAAGAUGGCUCGUACUAAGCAAACUGCUCGUAAAUCCACUGGUGGCAAGGCACCAAGGAAGCAGCUGGCAACUAAAGCUGCCCGUAAAAGUGCCCCAUCCACUGGUGGUGUGAAGAAGCCUCAUCGUUACCGCCCAGGGACUGUGGCCCUGCGAGAAAUCAGACGCUACCAAAAAUCCACUGAGCUUCUGAUCCGCAAGUUACCCUUCCAGCGUCUUGUCCGCGAAAUUGCUCAGGACUUCAAGACGGAUCUGCGCUUCCAAAGUGCUGCCAUUGGUGCCCUGCAGGAAGCAAGUGAAGCCUACCUGGUGGGACUGUUCGAAGACACCAACCUUUGCGCUAUCCAUGCUAAGCGUGUGACGAUAAUGCCAAAAGACAUCCAGCUAGCUCGCCGCAUUCGCGGGGAGCGAGCUUAAACCUCCCGUCACCUUGGGGAAGGGGUGGGGCGGAGCAGGGGGAAGGGGCAAAUAUCCAUCCUUCCUUAAUCCCAGCUUUCAACUUCCUAACCUCAGUCUUGCCCCCUUCUCCCCCCGCAAUCCCAAACAAACAAAAAAGAAUAAAUGAAAAUCAGUCUAUUCUUCCUCUGGUAGUAGUCAGUGGUUGUUUUAUUACUUUAUUUCCUCAGGAGGUAGGGUGGGUGAUACUAGGGUGGAGGCACGACAGAGAGCAGGCGAGAUGGUGGACAGGUAUAAUGGGAGCAGGGUUAAGGAGAGAGAGUGUGUUGGAAUUUUGCAUGAUGUGGGCAGACGGAGAGGAGAUGGGGCAGUGACAGGAAGGGAGUGUGGGUUACAGUAGGGCUAGGGUAAAGAAUGGGAUAUGGCAGAGACAGGAAGGGAGUGUGGGUUACAGUGGUAGGUCAGGGAGGGAGGACAGUGUGGGGUCUCUGGCUCGGUUGGGGGCCCUGAGAUUUAACUAAUUUUAAUUUGGACGAUUAGUGGGUCAUCAGUUGGUGGAAUGACAUUGAAAUGAACACGCUGGGAAUUCUUGCCUACUCCUGUGUGAAUCUUUGAUGAGAGAAUGGAGAGAAAUCAAAGAGCAGGCAGAUUUAUGUAUUUCAUUUUUGUUUUUGUUUUACGAUGGCGCAGCUUUGAAAAUAUUUUAAAACAGUUUUUGAUUUCUGAACAAUGCUGGCUUUUUGGAGUCCUUUUUUAUAUAGUACAAACUUAAAAGUUUCUUAUCAAAUCUGAAACAUAAAAUGUAAUAUUUUUCAUAAAGUAGAUCCCAUUGUUUGCUUUACUUUUUAUAAGAUACAUUUUUUGUUGUAUUUAGUAACUAUUUUUAAAUAUUUGUGUGCCCUCUUGUGCUGUUUCUGAUAACAUUUUCCUAUUAAAGUAUUUGAAACUUAA